UCCAGAUUCUCGGAGAAUUCAGUUUUACCGUGAUUCAGAAUAGUCUGCGAAGUUAAUUUCUCGAAAUGUCGCCUCUCAGUAAAGGAACAUUGAGAGGAAAAACCUUCGAUAAAAAUCCUCCCAGAAACAUUUAUUCGUGUUCUACUUUUCCUUUGCUUGAGCUUUAGGACAAGAAGUGCUUGUUUCACAAUUUUACUAUUCGGUGUCUUCGGAAACCAACGGAUAUCUUGCAACAGGUUCAUCAGAUUACAAUGGCAACAGCUUCCGCGUGAAAUCGUUUCUGGAUUUGGCAUUUUAUUGCUCUUGGGGACUAACCUGAAGCUUCUGACUUCGCAAUUUUCCAAAAUGCAUGCCAAUGUCAAGAUUAUGACGUUCAACUUGCGGGCAUCGUAUUUAGAAGACGGGUUGAAUGACUGGGAACAGAGGAAAAAUCUGGUCGUGAAAAUGCUUCGAAAAUACGAACCGAACGUGAUUGGCACACAGGAGGCCACACGAGAGCAGCUCCAGUUUUUGCGCGCCGAAUUGCCGCACUAUCGGGCAGUGGGUGAGUUCAGAGACGAUUCCGAAAACGCUGAAUCUGUUGCUGUGUUCUUCGAUCGAAAAUUGCUGGAGCUUGUGAAGCACGAGGACUUUUGGCUUUCGGAAACGCCUGAAAUACCAGGAAGCAAGUCUUGGGACUCUUCCCUGCCUCGGAUGUGCACUUGGGUCAAGCUGCGACAUCUAGUUUCCGGUGAAGAGUUCAGCCUAUUCAACACGCACUUGGAUCACGUGAGCCGCCAGGCGCAGAUCAAAGGCGCCUCUCUUAUUGCUCGUCGCAUGCAGGAACAAAUAUUCAGUUCCGAGGCUUCUUCUGCCACAAAUAUGUAUUUCACCGGCGACCUCAACUCAGUCAGAAAAGAAUUACCCUGGCAGAUUCUGACGGGUUCAGGUGUGCUGAGUAAUCAUCGUCAUUCCAGCACUUGUCUCCAGCUAGAAGAUGCGUGGAAAACUGCCACGAAAAAAUUCAACCAAGUCGACGAAACGUUCCACGGAUUUCUGGGUUCCAGGGAUUCCGGAAAUGACGGCAGCGGUCACAUCGAUUACAUUUUGUAUCGAUCAGUCCAUGGGAAUAAUUGGCGUCCGAAGUCUUUUACUAUUAUCGUGGAGAAAGAAGGCGAUUACUUGCAAGGUGUAGGGCUUGCUCUAAUUUAUUUCUCUUCUCAAAUAAAACCGUACAAGCAGCUCCAGUUUUUGCGCGCCGAAUUGCCGCACUAUUGGACAGUGGGUGAGUUCAGAGACGAUUCCGAAAACGCUGAAUCUGUUGCGCAGCAUAUAUCCGAAGGUUUGUCCCAGUUGGAUGGACACGAGGACUUUUGGCUUUCGGAAACGCCUGAAAUACCAGGAAGCAAGUCUUGGGACUCUUCCCUGCCUCGGAUGUGCACUUGGGUCAAGCUGCGACAUCUAGUUUCCGGUGAAGAGUUCUGCCUAUUCAACACGCACUUGGAUCACGUGAGCCGCCAGGCGCAGAUCGAAGGCGCCUCUCUUAUUGCUCGUUGCAUGCAGGAACAAAUAUUCAGUUCCGAGGCUUCUACUGCCACAAAUAUGUAUUUCACCGGCGACCUCAACUCAGUCAGAAAAGAAUUACCCUGGCAGAUUCUGACGGGUUCAGGUGUGCUGAGUAAUCAUCGUCAUUCCAGCACUUGUCUCCAGCUAGAAGAUGCGUGGAAAACUGCCACGAAAAAAUUCAACCAAGUCGACGAAACGUUCCACGGAUUUCUGGGUUCCAGGGAUUCCGGAAAUGACGGCAGCGGUCACAUUGAUUACAUUUUGUAUCGAUCAGUCUAUGGGAAUAAUUGGCGUCCGAAGUCUUUUACUAUUAUCGUGGAGAAAGAAGGCGAUGAUAUACGCAUUAGUAUUCGGAAGCCCACGUUCCGCGGACUUGACGCGUCCACUUCAAUGGGCACAUCACAAUGUCAGCUGCCAUGUCCACGAUCUCACUCUGACCGAGUGGUGUUCGUGCUCAAGUUAGAUGCUCGUCUAAAUUCCGCUACCGCAAAAUUUCCCAGGCGGAAACUCCAGCGAAUAAUUGGUCCUGUAGUGUUCUUGACUCCGUCUGCUGUGGUAAUCUCGCUGUUUCUGUUAUCUGCAAAUCCUGGGCCAAGAGGGACGCCUGCGAAAUUUACUGUGAUGACAUUCAAUAUUCUGGCAGCAAAGUUGACAAAUGGAUCAGAUAGCUGGGAGCAGAGGAAAAUGGCCGUUGUGAAAAUGCUCCGUAAAUACGAGCCUAACGUGAUUGGCACACAGGAGGUGACGAAAGAGCAACUCCAGUUUUUGCUCGCCGAGUUUCCGCAUUACAGGGCAGUGGGUGCGUUCAGAGACGAUUCGGAAAACCCGGAAUCUGUUUCAGUGUUCUACGACAUUCGUGAUAUACGCAUUAGUAUUCGGAAGCCCACGUUCCGCGGACUUGACGCGUCCACUUCAAUGGGCACAUCACAAUGUCAGCUGCCAUGUCCACGAUCUCACUCUGACCGAGUGGUGUUCGUGCUCAAGAGCAUUGUGAUGCACUUUUCUAAUCAUUAA